UAGGAUCCGAAUUUUGAGGAUAACACGCGUGAAUUUGAAUGUAAACACUCGAGAUCAUCGUGUUUCGGUUUCAUAAUUAUUUUGUCUUUUUUUUGAUGAAAAAUGGCUCGUCGUAGAAAGAAAAGGUCUAAAGGAUCCAAAGAGGAGCCAAAAGAACUGGUCAAAGCACCACAUUCGUUCGUUAUUCAUCGUGGUAGUAUAAGCAAACCACUUGAUCAAUUACUUCGAAAUGUACGACAAAUUAUGGAACCUUUUACGGCUUCUAAACUUAAAGUUAGAAAAAAGAAUACAAUCAAAGAUUUCGUUUCGAUUUCAAGUUAUUUAAACGUUAGUCAUAUGAUCAUUUUUACCGAAUCUUCCAUUGCACCUUAUAUGCGUUUAUGUCGUGUUCCACGUGGUCCGACUGUUACGUAUAAAAUUCUGAAUUGUACAUUAGCACAUGAUGUUGUGGCCGUACAACGUCGACCGCAAAUAAACACAAAAUUAUUUCAGAAUGCACCACUUUUAGUAUUGAAUGGUUUCGGUUCGGAAUCUGAAGACAAGAGGAUUCAGCUACAAACAUCAAUGUGGCGUAAUAUGUUUCCAACGAUUGAUAUUCAAACUGUUCAAUUGUCAAAAAUUCAUCGCUGUUUACUACUAUCAUUGGAUUCGGAAACCAACCAAAUUGAAUUACGACAUUAUGCAAUCAAAGUGAAACCUGUUGGCCUAUCGAAAAUGGUACGAAAAUUGGUUACAGGCAAAAAGAUUCCGGAUCUUGGUCAAUUUCAUUCAGUUGAAGAAGCAAUGGAACAUUUAGAUCCAGAUUCGGAAUACGAAGAUGAUGAAGAGCAAACAAAAAUCGGACAGGUAACAUUACCACAAAAAGUUGGUAAUAAAUCGGGAAAUUUGGUGAAUGAAAAAAGUUCUAUCAAAUUAUAUGAAAUCGGACCACGUAUUACAAUGGAAUUGGUGAAAGUAGAAAAUGGUAUCAUGUCUGGUGAAAUACUUUAUCAUUCAUAUGUACAAAAAACAAACGAAGAGAUUGUCGAACAAAAGAAACGAAUUGAGCGACGAAAUUUUCUUAGAUUAUCACGAAAACGACAACAAGAAGAAAAUGUUCGCCAAAAACAACAAGAAAAAAUGGCUACAAGUAAAAAGCGAAUAAAAAUUGAUGAAGAACAAUCG